UAGUGAGUAGGUAACCUUUUAACAGCGACACAGUGAACGAUGUAUCAGAAACAAUCAUUGACAUCAUGAAUAACAAACUGUGGAAGCUGCUCCCACAAGAAUCGUAAAAGGUGAACCAAUAUUUCGGUGAAAUAUGCUAAAAUACGGCGGUGGGGAGGAAAAGUUGUACAUAAACAGUUUGUGUGUUAGUGGCAGCAGUAUAAAACUUUUGAAUCCAACAAACAAGUGUUACAUCAACAAAACCAUCAAGAUAACAUUGGAUGCUGACGCAGAUGAACGGGAAAAUUUUACGGAAAGGUAUAAAACAAAAGAAGCCACUAAAAUUGAUAAAGUGAAGAGACGACAGACUUUGAAUCUCAACGUAACAGAUUAUAAAAAUUCUCAGGUGUGUAGUAAACAACUUAAGCAAAUCCAUGAAACCGUAAAAAUUAAGGAUUUUGAAAGGAUUCUAAACAACUUGCCCAGAAGCGAUGUCUCUCAACAAUUAGUGCCGAAUAAAGUGGAUAGGAUCCUGAGAAAAAUAGAUGCUGAUGAUAUUUACGACGAAUUUUUCGGUCGGUACUACAAUUAUCUUUAUGAGUUAAUCGAAUCGAGUUAAACCUACGCAAUGGUUUCUAUAAACAAGUUACGACGAUAAUUUGUUAAUAAAUAAACAUUUUAUUUGCAAUUUCGUUUUGUUAAAAGACUGUAGUCGUUGAAUAGUGUUGUAGCGGUAGACAGUUUGUUUUCAGUGCUUAAAAAAAUUCUACACAAUUCUAUGUACGUAUAUCGAGAAUAUGCCUUUUAGCUUUUUGCCUUAAACCGCAAAAAAACACCACCCUUAAUGCUUGCAAAAAUCGUUUCACUGUGAUAUAAUACAGGGUGUUUGUUAAUUAAUACACAAAAUGGAUUGCAAGAAUCUUCCAACGGUGAACCCGCAGAUAUCCACCAGAGAACUGGAUAGGAAACUUCUUAGGGAAACAUUGUAUUCAGAGAUUUUUCAAAAACAUCGGAGGUCGAUUUUCGCCCUCGGCUCAUUUCUCAGGAUGCUUAAGAGUAAAAAAUCCAACUAUAACGUGAUCAAACAAGAUGGUGAGUCUGAAUAGAAAACAGACGCUCACUCGUGUAAAUUUUUUUACCAUGUGAUCCUUCGAAGGACUUUUUUCACUGUAAUAAUUGUAAAAAUAAAACCGUUAUUUGUUAGGUUACUUCGGCUAAGUUAUGAACAUUUUCUAAAGUAUGUAUUUAUAAAUAAUUGUGUAGUUUUUGUACACCUUAUACCUCUUUUAUGCUUGAUCAAUAUACACGGAACCAUAAAAAUUUGUGUUAUUAGUAAAUAUUUGCCAAUGUUAAAUUAAAAAAAGGCGCAACGACUGAUAUUAUUGUGCUGAUUAGAUAUUUAAAAUUUAAUAUGGAGUUACUGUUGGGCAAAAAUUGAAAUAAAAUGUUAAAAAAGUUA